GGCAAGUGGAGAAGCAGAAAUGAAUAUAUUAUCCAUUGAAGAGUGAGAGACGCUGCGGACGGCACAAAAAAAUCGAGAAUGAUGAGCAUGAGCACGAGCAUGAGCAGUACGAGUAUGAGUCUAAUUGCAACAAAGGCGACUCCGUUGAGAGUUUGUGCAAGGGCGGCGGCACCACCGAGAAACAGCAUAAUGAUGAUAAGAUGCGAAGAGAAAGACGAAGAAAGCAAAAUCGGAGCGCGAAUUAGGGUGAAGGUUCCUCUUAAAGUCUACCACGUUCCUAAAGUUCCGGAAAUUGAUCUCGCUGGUAUGGAAGGUAAUAUCAAGCAGAACGUUGCUCUUUGGAAGGGUAAGCGCAUAUCUGCUAAUCUUCCUUACAAGGUUGAGUUUAUUUCAAAAGACAUUCAAGGUCCUCGUGGUCCUCUCAAGUUCUCUGCUCAUCUCAAAGAUGACGAAUUCGAAUUUCUCUAAACUUGGAGUGCUUCUCUAAUAAUGUAUUCAAUUCUAUCGUUUUGCUUCCAGUUUGUUUCUACUUCUAUUUGGUUAUUGUUAUUUAUUUAUUUAUAUAUGGGACUUCAAUAACAAAGUUAAGUUAAAGAGGCUGUGUAAUAAUGUAUUCAACUCAAUCAUGCUUCCAUGCUCUUGAACCA